GUUUUAUCCACGUGAGUUUUUGUUAUGUCUGAGUUUGUGUACUAUUCAUGAUGCCUGUCUCUAGUAAAAUAUUUUUAAAAAACCGUGCUUUGGGUUACGUUAGUAACCAUGUUCCUUGUGUUAUUCGUUUCUCCAUUAAACGAGAAGAAUAUUUAAUAAAUACUUGUGUGGGUAAAGCAUUUCAUACAUAUGGAUCGAACCACUUAAAACUGUUAGCUGUGAGUGAUACUUCUUCAGAAGAGAUAAAUUGCUUGGCCACAGACCAAGAUGGUAUUUUUACUGCUUCAGGCAAUAUAAUUCAUGCAUGGAAAAGGAAUUCAGAAAUCAAAUGGUCAUUUGAAGGCCAUUCCAAUCAUGUAACUUUGUUGUUACCUUUUGCCAGUCAUCUUAUUUCUGUAGAUGAAGAUAAUGUUUUGAAGGUAUGGGAUAGGAAUACCCAAGAAUGUAUACUUACUUUAGAUUUAGGAAUAGAAACUUUCAAAAUAACAGCUAUUGCUCAUCCAAAUACCUAUAUUAAUAAAAUUUUACUUGGCAGUGAACAAGGAAUGUUACAGUUAUGGAACAUUAAAACUUCAGCUCUAAUUCAUACAUUCAAUGGAUGGGGUGCUGCUGUAACAGUUUUGGAGCAAUCUCCUGCACUAGAUGUUUUUGCUAUUGGUCUGAGUGAUGGGAGAAUAAUCUUACAUAAUUUAAAGUUCGAUGAAACUGUUGUUGAUUUUAAACAGGAUUGGGGUCCUGUAACUUGUAUAUCUUUUAGAACGGAUGGUGCUCCUAUAAUGGCAACUGGGAGUACUGUUGGAAAUAUCGUCCUUUGGAAUUUAGAAGAAAGAAAAGUUGCUAGCCAGUUGCUUAAUGCCCAUGACAGUGUAGUUAGCUCAGUUAUUUUUUUUCCAAAUCAGCCCCUUAUGGUAUCGUCAUCAUCUGAUAAUUCCCUCAAAAUAUGGAUAUUUGAUCAAUCAGAUUUCGGAGGGAGACUUCUUCGAUUGCGAGAAGGCCAUGCUUCACCUCCUACACAUAUUAGAUUUUAUGGUAAGGCUUCAAAUCAUGUGUUAAGUGCUGGCCGUGACUCUUCCUUGAGAGUAUUCAACACUAUCACGGAAACAUUAAAUUACAGCUUAGGGAGAGCUUCUUAUGAUAGACAAGUCAUGAAGAAAAAGAAAUGGACUUCUGAAUAUUUACUAAUGCCACCAAUCAUAGAAUUUUCUAGUUCAUUGGUGAGAGAAAAGGAAUGGGACAACAUUGCUGCAAUACAUCUUGGUAUUCCUGAGGUAACUUCAUGGUCUUAUGACAAAAGACGAAUGGGUUCUCAUAAAUUAUUACCUGAACGUUUGCAACAUAGAACAAAGGUUACCAUUACAGAUGUUGCUACUAGUGUAUAUGUUACCAAUUGUGGCAAUUUUGUUGUAAUAGGAUAUAGCUCAGGUCAUGUUGACAGAUUUAAUAUACAGUCUGGCAUUCACAGAUGUACAUAUGGAACUAAAUCAGCUCACAAAGGAAGUAUUCGUGGUGUAGCUGUUGAUGCUUUGAAUCAGAUUGUUUUUUCGGGGUGCAAUGGUGGUUAUCUCAAGUUUUGGCCAUUCCGUCCUUCCAGAGGCAGCAUUGUGUGUGCGAAGCCAUUGCAAGUUCUUAAUCUUGGGGAAGGCAUUUCAUUCUUCCGAGCUCAUGAAGAGAGUUCACUUAUUGGAAUUAUUCUAGAAAAUUUUGUAAUAUGUUUGGUUGAUAUAGAAGCCCGAAGAGUAGUUAGAAAGUUAUCAGGUCACACAGGUCAAAUAACUGAUGCUUGCUUUAGUCCAGAUGCUAGGUGGAUCAUAACGGCAUCUAUGGAUUCAACUGUUCGAACUUGGGAUGUUCCAACCGCUUCUCUUAUUGAUAUAUUUAAAGUUGACACGCCUUGCACUUCUCUCUCCAUGUCAAUAAGUGGACAAUAUUUAGCAACGACCCAUGUUGAUAAUCUGGGAAUUUACCUCUGGACUAAUAAGACAUUGUUUUCUUUAGUUCCAUUAAAACCCCUAAAGGAAAGUGAUAGCAUUCCAUUAAUUGAUUUACCUUCUACAGGAGUAGAAAGUACCAUUCCUAUUGAGGAAUCAGAUGAAGAAAAUGAAGAUGAGACUUUAGAUUCAAAGAAGCAAAUAGAGAAUUUAAUUACAUUGUCAGACUUAGCUGCAUCACGCUGGAAAAAUCUUUUGGACAUAGAUACAAUUAAAAUUAGAAAUAAGCCUAAAGAGGCACCAAAAGCUCCCCCUAAAGCACCUUUCUUUUUGCCAACUCUACCUGGAAAAGAUAUUAUAUUUGACUACAGUUCAUUAAAACCUGAUGAUGGUUUGAAAACAGUCCGUUUAGACAAAAUUACUAAUUAUACUAUUUUCGGAAAGAUGUUAAUGGAUACAAAAGAUACCAAUAAUUUUUCUCCGGUUAUAGAAAAAUUGAAAACUAUGAGCCCAUCUGGUCUAGACUUUGAAAUAAAUUCUUUAGGUCUGGAAGCCGAAGGUUCUGUAAUUCUCCUUAAGCAAUUUAUGGCAAUGAUUGAAUACAUGUUCUCAACGAAUCAAGAUUUUGAAUUAGCUCAAGCUUAUUUUGCAAUGUUUUUGAGAUCUCAUAGGAAUGCAUUAACGGAGGAUAAGGCUCUUCAUGAAUAUUUGAAACAGAUUGAAAGUGCCCAAUUGAAUGGUUGGAACAAAUUAGAAAGUGACUUGAUGUUCUGCUUAAGUGUAAUUAAUGUUUUAAAGAUGUAACUCAAACCCAUUGAACUUGUUAUUAUUUCUCUGUUUUUUCCUACGAUUUUUAUUUGUAGUUUUUUAUAGGAGCAAGCUGAGUUUUUGACUUAUCCAUGAGUAUUUUGUAUUAAAAACAAAUAUUAAUUAAGCGAUUUUAUUUCCUAUGUUUAUUUUAUAACACAUUUUCAAUGUUUAAUGUUCAAUGUUCAAUGGUUGUUUCUCAAACAAUUUGCAUAUGAAAAUUGUUGUUUGAUGAUUUCAUUAGUUUUAAAAAAUUAAUUUAAUUAAAUAAAAUAAUUGUAGGAAUAUAUAAUUCAUUAUUAUUGAAUAACGUGAGAGCUCCUCUAUGAUCUAUGAUUGAGAUCAUAAAUCCAUUCUCUUAUUGUUACCUAUUAUAUCAUGAUUAUGAAUUAUAUAAUUUUCGGUUUUAAUUUGUUUUUAAAUAAUGUUUAAAUUACAUUAUUAUAUUGAGAUUCAUUUAUGUCAGAUUGUAUUAAGUCUGUGACUUGGC